CAAGAAAGACACCAGGAGCGACCGAGGUCUGUAGGGUCAGAGGAAACAUAGCCAUCGCUGGUAUCGCGAUAUCCAUGCCGUCCGCACUGACAUAUUUCCCGGAGUAAAAAUGCCAACAAGUUUAAACUAUCCAGUCGACCAAGGCAAUUCACUUCCAAUACCCUACAUUCAGCUCCACAACAACGAUAUCAUGUCUACCACAAUCCAGACCAGAUUCCUCGUCAUCUCAGACACUCACGGACACACGUUCCCACCUGAAAUGAUUCCUCUUGUACCUAUUGACGUUCUAAUCCACUGCGGCGACCUUACUGACCACUCCAAAAUGGAUGAAUACCGCCGAACCCUCGCCAUGCUCAAGGCCUUCAAGGCGCCACUCACGCUCGUCAUCUCAGGUAACCACGACUUCUCCCUCGACGCCGUAGCAUUCAAAGCAAAAAUCGAAGAAGCCAACCGCCUCAACGGCGAGCCAAUCGAGGCAGAUCUAGUGGAACGGCAUUAUGGCGGACACGGACUGGCCAAGAAACUCUUCGCCGACGCCGAGAAGGACGGUAUUAUUCUCCUGAACGAGGGUACGCACCAAUUCGCGCUGGUUAACGGAGCUAGGCUUCAAGUCUACGCCAGCCCGUACACGCCAUCGUCAUCUUCAUCAGAAGGCUGGGGCUUCUCCUAUCAUGAAAGCGAGGGACACGAAUUCCACAUCCAGACGGACACGGAUAUCGUCAUGACGCAUGGUCCGCCUCAUGGGGUGAUGGACAUGUCUGCGGAUAAGAAGCGCGUCGGCUGUCCGCAUCUCUUUGCUGCUGUUGCAAAGUCUCGACCUCGCUUGCACUGUUUCGGACAUGUACACGGCGGCUGGGGAGCGAAGAACGCAGCUUGGCGCCCCGAGAUCUCCGAUAAACCCUCACAUUUCAGUAAUACUGACCAUGAGAAGUCUGAGCUGGUUGAUAAUCUCGCGACGCUCGGAGGUACCCGGUUCGAAUCUGAAGAAGACAGGAAGAUGAGGGAACGGAGACUCGAGCUCUACAGGGUGCAACGAUACUGUAGGGCAGGACAUCUUCGUAAUGAAGUGAGCUCGGCGGAGGUCAAGAGCACCAUGUUCGUCAACACCGCGCUCGAGGCAGACGGUGAAUUGCAACGCUACCCCUGGAUCAUCGACAUUGACCUGUCGAAAAGCGAAGCCGGCAGAGCACCUAGGACUGAGGGGAAGAGGAGGCGGGAGGAAUCGACUCAAGAGCUCGAAGAAGCAAGGAAACUCUCAGAUAGAUCAUAG